AACUCCUGUUGUAUUGGUCACAUUGAUUGUCCUAAUAUUCUGCAUUGCAGGUUCCAUACUGUGUAGGGGCCUGUGUUCAGAAAAUUCUGUCAAAAAAAUGUCAGCAAUGAGAAUGAAAGCAGUCAGGUGUCCUACUGAUGAACUCAGUAUCACUAACUGUGCUAUAAUUAAUCCGGAUGAUUAUCCAGAUGAAAUCAGGCACAUUGAAGUUACCACUGCACCAAAUUAUCAUUUUGUAUUCACUGUAAAAAGACAUCAUGAAGUACCCAGAGGAACAGUGGGCUUUAGUUUACCUCAAAGAAAGUGGGCAACCCUUUCCCUCAAUCAGGAAAUUGAAGUACGACCUUAUCACUUUAAUCCUACCUCAAGUACAGAAUGUCUGUGCAAUAUUGUAUUGGAAGCUGAUUUCUUACAAAAGAAAUCAACGACAUUGGAACCUUAUAAUACCGAUGAAAUGGCCAGAGAUUUCCUAUUGCAAUUUUCGGGACAGGCAUUCACCGUGGGUCAGCAGCUGGUGUUUCAGUUCAAGGACAAGAAAAUGCUUGGUCUUGUAGUCAAAAGUUUGGAAGCUGCUGACCUUUCUGCUAUAAGCUCUGGACAAAACACUGCACCUAAGAAGACUCAAAUGGGACGUUGUCUAGGUGACAGUGUGAUACAAUUUGAAAAGGCAGACAAUUCAAGCUUAAACCUUGUUGGUAAAGCAAAAGGGAAAGUUGUUCGCCAAUCAAUUAUAAAUCCAGACUGGGACUUUCAAAAGAUGGGUAUUGGUGGUCUAGAUAAAGAAUUUAGUGCAAUAUUUCGAAGAGCGUUCGCAUCUCGCGUUUUUCCACCGGAAAUUGUUACUCAAUUAGGUUGCAAACAUGUGAAAGGAAUUUUACUUUAUGGUCCACCGGGUACAGGUAAAACGUUAAUGGCACGACAGAUAGGGACCAUGUUAAACGCCAGAGAACCUAAAAUCGUCAAUGGCCCUCAAAUAUUGGAUAAAUAUGUUGGAGAAAGUGAAGCUAAUAUUAGAAGAUUGUUUGCCGAUGCUGAGGAGGAGGAAAAGAGACUUGGACCAAACAGUGGAUUGCAUAUAAUAAUUUUCGAUGAAAUAGAUGCUAUUUGUAAGUCUAGAGGCAGUGUUGCUGGUAAUACAGGGGUACAUGAUACUGUUGUGAAUCAGUUACUUGCAAAGAUUGAUGGUGUAGAACAAUUGAAUAAUAUCCUCGUUAUUGGUAUGACCAACAGAAAAGACAUGAUUGAUGACGCUUUAAUGCGACCUGGUAGAUUAGAAGUACAAAUGGAGAUUAGUUUACCAGAUGAGCAUGGGCGAUUCCAAAUUCUUAAUAUCCAUACAUCCAGAAUGAGAGAUUAUAAAAAAAUAGCACCCGAUGUUGACCUGAAGGAAUUAGCUACAUUGACUAAAAACUUCAGUGGCGCAGAAUUAGAAGGUUUAGUUAGGGCUGCUCAGAGUACUGCUAUGAAUAGAUUGAUCAAAGCCUCUAGCAAAGUAGAAGUCGACCCUGCAGCGAUGGAGAAACUUAUGGUUUCCAGAACUGAUUUCAUUCAUGCUUUAGAGAAUGAUGUUAAACCUGCGUUUGGUACCAGUGCAGAAGCUUUGGAACAUCUUCUUAUUCGCGGAAUCAUUAAUUGGGGUAAACCAGUGGCAGAAAUCUUGUCUGAUGGUAAUCUUUACAUUCAAGAAGCUCGAUCUACUGAGGGCUCCGGUCUUGUAUCAGUUCUUUUGGAGGGACCACCUAAUAGCGGAAAAACAGCUCUUGCUGCUAAAAUUGCAAAAAAUUCCGAUUUUCCAUUUGUCAAAGUAUGCACGCCGGAGGAUAUGGUUGGUUUUACCGAAUCUGCAAAAUGUCUUUCAAUUCGGAAGAUAUUCGACGAUGCAUAUCGCUCACAGCUUAGCUGUAUUCUAGUCGAUAAUAUCGAACGCUUGUUAGAUUAUGGACCUAUCGGGCCUCGAUAUUCGAAUUUAACUUUACAAGCGCUCCUAGUUUUAUUGAAAAAACAGCCACCACGUGGUCGUAAAUUACUAGUUCUGUGCACAACGAGCCGCAGACAAGUAUUGGAUGACAUGGAAAUGUUAUCAGCAUUUAGUACACUUUUACAUGUACCCAACUUGUCGACUUCCGACCAUCUUUUGAGUGUUCUAGAGGAGGUAGACCUUUUCACUAAACAGGAAUUGGGAUCUCUGCAUGCUAAACUUCAAGGAAAACGGAUAUUUAUUGGUAUAAAGAAGUUGCUGGGUUUAAUAGAUAUGGCACGUCAAGUAGAACCAAGCUAUAGAGUCCCCAAGUUCCUCUCGAAAUUAGAAGAAGAGGGUGGUUUAGAGUAAUCUGUAGACUGUGGAUUUUCUGCAUUUAUGGCAAAAAUGUGUAGGUCAAAUGCAAAGCAGUAAAAAUAUUUAAGCAAUUAAAAUAUACUGUUGUUAUUUUGAUCUCUUUGAAAUGAUUAAAAACAAUAAUAAAUGUUUCUGCAGCACCAGUAUCUUGCAA